GACUGGAGCCCACGCAGAGGUUUAAGCGUUUAGGGUUUAGCGUGGCAGACUGCAAUUCCAACUCGAGCUUUGAGCUUUAAAAGUGAGCUUGAGAUUGGUGAAUAAUUUAGCAAUUCGAAGGAGUGGGAUAUGAAAUUGACGGGUUAUUUCCAGCUGGAUGACACAUGUAUUCACGGCCCGUUCAGCUGGAACACUGUCUUUGAGCUCGAAGGCAGUUCUCUCUGGAAAUUGGGGCACAGAGGUACCAGCAAUGUCGCUCCGAGAGCGAGGACUGAGGAACAAGUGACAGCCGGGAAAGCGUGAAUUGUGCAAGCGGGGUCAUUCAGCUGCUUCACGCCAUGGCACCUUCGCGUGCUAUCAAAAGUCUGAAUAAGGGUCCUGGCCCAAAACGUUUUGUGUUCAAGAAUUUCUCCCAGCGAGUGGAGGAAGUCGAUGUUGAUGUUUUUCGGAGUCUAACUCCUGUCAAAUUUGAGCCGAGUAGUGGGUCAUCAUUCUUCCACGAAAAUCUCGUACGAUGGCGGGAACUGAAUUGUGCCGCGGAGUUCAACGAUGUGUAUCACGAACUUCUACCGCUGGUUCAGACACUGCCGCAGUUACUACUUCACAAGGAUCUCAUAAUGAAUUCUUUACUCUCACGAGUACGCCUGUCAGCGAUGCUUUCUCUCGAACCUAUCUUGAGCUUGAUUGCUCUAUUAUCACGGGAUCUGCAAGGAGAAUUCAUUCCGUAUCUAGCAAAAUUCUUCGACACUUGCGCGGAGCUUCUGAAGACAGGAGGUGAUCAAGAGCCUGAGCUGCUUGAACAGGUGUUCGUGUCAAUCUCGUAUAUUAUCAAGUAUCUGGUUAAAUACCUUACGAAAGACACCUUACUGGUUCUCAGGGUGACAAAGAGCUUGAGAUUCUACCACCGAUCAUAUGUACAGGAUUUUGUUGCUGAGUCAGUCUCUUUUCUGCUGCGCAAAGCUCCCCCUAAGCAGUUGAUAAAAGGUGUACGACGACUCUUUAUAGAGGUGGAGACUGAUCGUUGUGAGUCAAAGAUUUCAAGCUGUUGUUCUUUGUUGUACAACACGUUGAGAGGGCCUUCUUCUGGUCUUCAUUCUCAAGCAGAGUCCUUCUUACAACUGCUCCUUGAUCGAUCCAUUCUUUCCGGAGGUCGCAAGAGAUACAACGAAGAGACAGGGGAGGUGGCUGUCGAUAUUGUGGCCAGAACGUUUCUCAUGUUAUGUGAGGAUGUCAAGCGAGACAAAAUCGAACUUCUCUGGGAGUGUCUUCUUGGAAAUAUCUCUCAAGAGCUGGCCGUUAGUCGCAAUGAAGGAGCCCCCAAGAUGGAAUCUGGAGGGGAAAAAGCUUUUGUUUUGCCAGAAAGGAGUGAGAGUAACGGAGUCUCUCAUUCCACGCAGCGGGCUGUGGAUUCAUCUGGAAAAACCAAAAGUAGUAUGGAGGAAAGCUUGAAGGAGCAACACGGCACCGCGCUCAAACCGGAAGAUAUUGAGGCAGAAGCUAUUCCAUCUCUGCAAAAGGACGAUGGCAACACAGAUUACUCCCAAAUCCACCUUGUUCAUCUUCUGAAGUUGCUGAAUACUGUCCUUGAAUAUGCGAAGGGGAGCCGUGUGAACGACUACGGGCCGUUGUUUUCUUUUGUUCCAGAUCUUUUACGACCUGAAGCUAUUUUGAGCGAGCCUCUGGACUCAGUGCAGUGUUUGGCUGGUCCGGUCGCUCCCACCAAGUUGUUCCGUGAUCCAACAGCGAACUAUGUGUCCGAGGUUCUGCGCUUUCUUCUUGCUUUGGCUAAGAGUCACGGACAAGUGGCCGGAGCAAGUGGUGGUCCAGGCGUUAUAGUAAGAGUUGCUCCCAAGUGGAUUCUUGCUUUUGAAUGUAAGAGAGUGAACUGCUUGUUCCCAUUUCUAAGAGGUCUCAUACAGCUCGAUGUUAUGCUCCUUCAGACGUUUGCUCCUUACGUACUGAGAACUUUGGAUCGGCUGGUCGAGGAGUAUCCAGCUGAUGUACUUCUUCUAUUGUUGGACUUAAGUCAAAGGUUGGACUUGAAGUCAUAUCUGGGACCUGAAUCUGCAAGGCUCAAAAUUUUUGUAAUAAACCUGAUACAGGAAGCCAUAACUGCCCUAAAACUGAAGCAUAGUACGGCCGAGCAAAGUGAUGGCGACGAGUCUCCUGCCAUAGAUCCAGCUAUGGUAUGGGUGGCAUUGCAAUGUCUACCGUGGAUAAUUGGAUCCGGUGAAGAACACCGAUCUCUCGCAUGGGAGUACGUGACUGCCGUCGACAAUUUUCUGGUGUCAGAUGCGGAUACCAGUGAGGACUCAGAUAUUACAAACAAAGUUUGGGAGUUUUUGCUCGCAACUGCUCUCUGUGCGCACCUCCGUAUAGUCUCUUCGGGGGAUUCUCGGGUGUUAUCUCACCACGCUACGCAGUAUCUUGAACUGGCUGUCAAGUACAAGAAGUCCUCCGAUGUGUUGACUGCUGUGGCUGAUCUUCUGGAAGCAUCAAACAUAGAGCAAGCGCCAGAAUACAAGCGUACGGAUAUGUCGGUCCUCCUUGGAGAUUUUGCGUCAAACCUGUGCGAUUCUCACAAGGAUUUGAGGAUCGCCACUCUGCGGAUCCUUGCCUUUCAUGAACCCUUUGGUUCACCAGGGAGUGAAACAGAUCAAGCUCCAGCCAAACGGCGAAAGCGCUUGGAUGGACAGAGGAAUGAAAUGGACCCCUCUAGUUCUAGUCAAAUUUUCAGACAACUUUUAACAGUAGAAAGUACUUCCCUUUCGGUUGAGAACUGCCGAAAGAGCACCUUGGUGAUAUCAGCAAUCAAAGUUGAGGCCUGCAGUGGAAGAAUGCCCACUUUUUACAUCCUUCCGGUGGCGAAAGCUCUCAGUGGCUUGCUUUACAACCGCUUUGCCUCUCUUUGGGAUCCAGUUAUCGAAACUUUGGCUGGGAUGUUGGAAGCACAUGGAAUUACUGUACUGGAAUACAUAUUGCAUCUACUCGAGACCACUCAGAACAUUCUUUUGUACAAGAAUACCAGUGAAGCGAAAGGAAGCACAGUCGAAGAAACGGAGAUGUCAUCCGUAGAUGUCUGGAGCCGAUUUGAUUCGUGCAUGUUGAAGAAGGAAGAAAUCACCCACACUGGAACUCUGCUCAAUCUGCAACUCAAAACUUUGCAAAAAGUUCCUAAGAUUGCAGAAUCUCGUUCCAGGCAGUUGGUUCCAAUGUUCCUUGCGUUUGUUGGUCAUGAUCAAUCGGCAGAAGAGAGGCGAGAAUCGAAUGUGGGUAAGGGAAGCGAUUGGAAACCAGCUUUGAAGGAAUGGUUGAAUCUGAUAAGAGAGAUGAAAAAUGCUCGAGCUUUUUAUUCUGGUCUAGCCCUGAAGGAGAUACUGCUCAACAGAUUUUUGGGGGACAGUGACCCAACCAUUCAAGAAGUUACCCUCGACUGCUUGCUGAAUUGGAAAGACAAUUAUUUGACCUCUUAUGAGUCGCACCUUAAGAAUAUCGUCUCAAGCAAGGCGAUUCGUGAAGAGUUGACUACGUGGAAUGUCGGUAAAGAAAGCCACGAGAUCAAGGAUGAAGAUAGACAACCACUGCUGACUGUUGUUCUCAUGCUACUGUUUCCAAGAAUAAUGAGGCGAACUGUGAAAUCCCUGGGGAAGUCAGGUGUGGGCGUCCAAAGAAAUGCAGUGCUCUCGUUCUUAGCUCGUCUUGAACCCAACGAGUUGGCCCCUUUAUUCUGUCAGCUCAUCAAACCUCUUCAAAGUGCUCUCUCAUCAGAUAAGUCCGUGGCAAAUGCCUCAAACAGUUCUUGGAUAAUUAUGUUGGAAGAAGGUGCCGACAGUCACUUUAUUGAACAAGUGAACACUUCAGCUGUGGCCAAGCCACCUCACAAAAGAAAACUGGGAUUUUUACACAUGGUAUUGUCUUCACUUGAUAUCUUCAACGUAGAACAACUUCGGCCUUACAUACAUGCUCUUCUAGCAAUAGUUCUGCGGCUCAUGGAGGCAUGUGCCCUCGAUACACGUGCAGAGGAGAAUAGUGCCCAUGGUUUAAAGAUGAAUGUUGAGACUGAAAGUCUUGGAGCGGAAGGGCUGAAUCAUAAUUCAGGCCAAGUGGAUUCUGAACAUGAUAUAGAGAUGUCCAAUGACGAUCCACACGUCUUUCUAGAUAAAGAUUCUGAAAUGAUAGACCAAGAUGGAGACAGGGUAGUAAAAGAUGCGGAAGAGGAGCAAGGGGAUGAUGCUCUGGACAUUGCUGAGGUCGUCACGGCGAAGGGGAAGAGUGGGGUUCGAGAAAUCAAAUCAUUGUGCUUGAAGGUGAUCGCGUCCGUGGUGAAAAAGUGUGAGAAUAUAGUUUUCAACUCUGUUUACUGGGACAUAUUCUUCAGCGCGAUACGGCAGUCUGUUGAUCGUUUCGUUGACGAAAACAGCAGUAGUACAUCUCCUGGUGCCCUUAUGCAAUGUUUUAUUUUGAUGAGUCAGAGGAUGGACCUUGCUCCUUUACUGAGUAAAAAUCCAAUGCUGGUUCCAAACUUGCUCUCAGUACUUUCUGUGAGGGGGGCUUCUUCACCGGUGAUUUCAGCGGUCUUGUCCUUUGUGGAGAACAUUCUUGAUCUCUUGAAAACAGGUUUUGAAGACCACAGAGUCGAAGCUGUGCGGGGAAUUCUCACUCCCCAUUUGUCUAUCCUGCUCUCUACCUUUCGAGACUGUCUUACUUUCCACCGUGAAAGCACAAGUGAAAGGAGAUUACUGAAGCGAGAGCUUAAAAUACUUACUCGCUUAAGCACGUUCAUCGUCGAUCCGGACGUGGCCGCUAAGCUGCUCGGUGUUCUCCUUCCUAUGCUGAAGGUUAAGAAGAAGAUGGACCAAGGCCUUUGUCUAGACGUUUUGCACCUUCUGGAGGGUAUCGGUCCAACUCUGGAAGUGAACGCUUCAAAGAAGUGUCUUCCAGUCCUGUCUCCUUUACUUGUUACGGUUUCAAAUCGAGGUAUUCGAGUUGCAGUGGCGCAGACCCUUCGUGCUCUUGCAAACGUCGAUCAUUCUCUUCUUAUUGUGGCGGAGCUUUUGGUAGACCUAAACUCCAUGUCUCCAACAGAUAUAGACGAGUAUGACUAUACUCGGAGACUCGCUGCGUAUGACAGAAUAUCUAAGUCGUUCUUCUCUCAAAUCACUCGAUUGCAAGCCUUGCUUGUCCUCUCUUCUGUAAUUUUUGAUAUGGGUUCAGAAGAUAUGUCAAUUAGACAUCGGGCCUCUGAUUGUUUGCAAGAAUUUGUGAGGUUCGCGGCUUCUCUUUCGGAGGAGGUUACCGAAGAAGAGCCAAGAGAGUUUUUGGAGAAGGAUGACCUUCAAAUUGAAGCCCCCACAGAGGAGAAUGACGCAGGAGUAAUAGAAAUUGCUCAACAGGAAACUUUGGCUGCUGGCUUAAGUUCCAAAUCACUGAAGUCACUGGUGCCAACCUUUUUGCUUGUUCACGUGAGGAACGCCAUGAGCUCCGAAAUUCUCGUUGUCAGAAGGGAAUGGGUUUUACUUCUACGAGAGAUGGUAUUGAACUUCCCAGAUGUCCCAGCUUUGAAGGAAUACGAAGGCCUGAUCAACAAAGAUGUUGAGGCUGAUUUUUUCUUCAACAUUGUCCAUCUUCAGGUUCACAGGAGAAUGAGGGCAAUGGCGAAAUUUAGGACCCUGUGCACAGGAUCUCGAUUUUCACAGGGUGCACUGUCAAGAAUUUUCGUUCCCUUGUUCAUGAAUUCGCUGUUUGAGGCCAGAGGAGAUAAGGAAGGCAAUUUGGUCUCCGUUGCCGUGGAGACCCUAGCAACCAUUGGAUCACAGCUCCCGUGGGAGCCCUAUUUGGCACUAUUGAUGCGCUGCUUUCGCUUGAUUGGAUCGAAACCUGAACAUCAGAAGACUUAUGUGAGAGUCGCAUGUGCAAUCCUCGACACCUUCCACUUCUUCCUUCCAUCUUCGAAAGAUGAUGAAGACAGCCGGCCAGAACCCAAGGGGAGCGAAGGACAUGAAGUGGUCCCAUUUUCUGGUAGUGACUUUAGAGAGCUGACAAGUGGGAAGACUUCUGUUCAUUUAGCACCAGAAGUGUUAAAAGCCUUGCGAGGGAGAAUACUACCGGAAGUCAGGCGUUUGAUGGUUUUAAAGGGAGAUAUCGUGAGCACUCCAGUCGCUCUCACACAAGUCAAGAUUCUGAAGCUCAUGCCUCAAGAUGUAAUCGAGGUCGAACUUCCACAAGUGGUCAGAACCAUCAUAAAUCUUUUGAAGAUUAGAAGCCAAGCUAUAAGAGAUGAGGCUCGGGCUGCAUUGGUAGCUAUAACAGAGACCUUGGGUGCUCACUAUCUGCGAUUUAUUGUUGAAGUUCUUCAAGAUUCUCUCGUGAAAGGCUUUGAGGUACAUGUUCUCGGAUACACGUUGAAUUCCAUAUUGGUGAAGCUUUUACCAACAGUACAAAUUGGGGCGAUCGAUUACUGUCUCGACCAACUGCUGGAUGUCUUGGAGAAUGAUAUUAUGGGGGAAGUGGCGGAGGAGAAGAAUGUGGAAGCCAUCGCUGGUAAGAUGAAGGAAACCAAAGCAAUGAGAUCCUACGAGAGUUUGAAACUUCUGGCUGAGGUUGUGAAUUUUCAAACUCACGCCACAGCUUUGCUAGGUCCAGUUCGUCGCAACCUUCAUAAGUCCCUGUCACCAAAAGUGAAGCCAAAGAUCGAGAGCAUGCUCAAUCAUCUCUGUCUCGGUUUUCUUCACAACAAGUCUAUGAGCCAAACCGAUUUACUUGUUAUAGUCCAUGCAAUCAUUGAAGAUGGUGUGAAGGAAGAGAAGGCUGUUGCUCACGCUGCUGCAGUGAAGAAGCAAAUGAAAGCUGAUGCCUCAUCUGGUAUUACGUCAGUUUCCAAGGACCCCUUGCAAGCUGCUAAGGCUCCUUUACCAAAUUACUACCUGAUUACAGAAUUUGCCUUGAAGCUGUUGAAUAGUCACUUGAAACGAGUGAAGAUCAAUUUCCAGGAUACUCACACCCUUGGUAUGCUGAACCCUUGGGUCCUCUUGUUGCAAGAAUGUUUAAACUCAAAGUAUGACGAGGUGUUGGCUUCGUCGCUGAAAAGUCUUAGCUUCCUCCUUUUGCUUCCUCUUCCAGCCAUUGACAAUCAAGGUAGUGGAAUCUCCGCUCUUAUAUUCUCCAUCUGCCAAAGGUUCUCGAAAACAGAAAACCCUCUCCUGGUGGCAUGUGUUAACGUUCUGAUCAUCCUGAUUCGGCACUGCAAGACUCUUCGGUUAUCAGAUGAGCAACUAAAAACGUUACUUCAACUUCCAAUUUUCGUGGACAUGGAAGGAGGUUCCAGAAUGGCACUCUCGUUAUUGAAGGCAAUUGUUGGACGUAAGCUACUGGUUCCUGAACUCUAUGAUAUGAUGAACAGAGUAGCACAACUCAUGGUUACGAGUCACCUGGGACCUGUUCGUCAGCUUUGCAGCCAGAUUUUAUUGCAAUUUCUGCUGGAUUACCCUCUGGGCCAGAAGCGACUGCAGCAACAUCUUGACUUUUUCAUUACUAAUGUUGGAUAUGUGGAGACAAGUGGCAGAGAGGCCGCCCUUGAAAUGCUGCAUACGAUCAUUUUAAAAUUUCCUGAUGCAGUCGUGGAGGAGCAAGCAGAUAGCAUGUUUUUCCCUCUUGUGACGAGGCUGGUCAACGACGAUUCCAAUCAAGUACGGUCCAUGAUUGGGACAAUCUUGAAAGUGUUGAUGGGACGGGUCGGACCUCGCAAUGUACAAAGAUUUGUUUUAUUUGCGCUCUCCUGGUACAAAGGCGCCGAUCAGAGGCUUUGGCGUCCUGCAGCUCAGGUUCUUGGGUUCAUGAUAGAGGUAGUCGGUACGACUUUCGAGCAGCAUUCACAAGUCAUUUUCCCACAGUGUACAAAAAUACUAUCUUUGGCUUUAUCUUCGCUAGAUACUAAAGCCAGUGAAGCAGACGAAUCAGGGAAAGCACAGUUUUGGCAGGAGGCUUACUUUUCGUUAACAAUGAUGGAAAAGUUUUUCCAGAAAUUUCCAAAGAUGAUCUUCAAACCAGAGUGCAAGGAAAUAUGGGAGCUGGUGUGUCCUCUGCUCCUCCACCAGCAUCUAUGGGUCCGAAAAGUUUGCGGACGUUUGUUGGAAACAUAUUUUGCAGCCUGCGGUGAAUUAACUAGCCAGGACAUAAGAUCAGCAGCUCUCUAUCAAAGCGAUGUCUCGUUCUUGCAUCCAAGUUGGCUCCUCCUUUUGGUCGGUUCAUUUUGCCAGCAGCUUGACUCAGGUGCUAUUGAUGAUGCAAUGGGGGAGUCCUUGGUGAGGAUUCUUGUAGCCUUGAGUUCUUUGCUGCCAUUGUUGCCGCCAGACGUCUCCAAGCCAUCGAAAGGCACAUCAGCUGAGGGAGAACUACGGUUUCUGGGCUGUGGCGAGAAGGAGAGCGAAGACCGUGUUGCAAGGGCUUUAAUUCUUCUAGGAUGGGGAACGAAGAACGUGAUAGGCACUAACCUGACAAAUGGCGGAUUGGAGAACAGCGUAAAAUCCUCGAAUGGUCAAACCGUUGAGGAUGGUGUAGCAAACAAGGCACUUUCUAUGGUUUUCAGGAAACUUCAAAAAAUUGCCCUCCGCGUGCAUAAUCUGCAGACGAAGGUCAUCUUCCGCUGGUACGCGGCCAUGGCAGCUAAGCUUGAUGUCGCUGAGGUAGAGCGCUACCUGCCGUCAAUGCUUGUUCCGCUUUACAAACUCACGGAAGGAUCUGCUUCCAAAGUUGUGCCAGAGGAUGUUAAGAGCCUGGGAAGCGAAGUUUUGAAUCAGCUGAGAGAAGUUGUAGGCACUGGAAAGUUCGUCAACGUGUAUAACUCGGUUAGAGAAUCGGUGAAGGAGAACAGGGAUAAAAGAAAGACUGCGCAAAAAAUCAGUGUGCUGGUGGAUCCCGAGCGCAAUGCGAAGAGAAAGAUCAAAAUGUCUGCUAAGCGACAAGCACAGAAGAAGCGUAAGGUCAUUCAUGCGAAAAGGCUGAUGGGACUGUAAGCUGCUAGAGUCAUUGUAACAUAGAUAUUUAAUUCUUCAUAUGCACGGAUUCAGAUGAGGUUGGGAGUCCGUUUGUGUCAUGAUGACAUGGAAUGGGGGUGCCACAGUUUUCCUCCCUCCCCUUACUGGUCCAGAUUAUUGAACUGCGAAGAGAUCCAUACAUUCCUCUUUUUUCUCCAAAGAAGUUGGAGACAGCUCUCGAUUAAGCUACUGAGUGUAACCCUACAACUCCAGUUCUGCAAUGCUAAUACUGCAUCCAUGAGCUAGGAAAACAAGAUGUUGAAAGGCUUGGUUUUGACCGCCACCUGCGAAUUUUGAAAUAUUUUUUAGCAAUUCAACUGCGUAAUUUAAUGAUGUCGCGUGAGUGACGAAUUUGACAAGC